AUGGAUGUCCGAUCAAUUUAUUUUCUUCUUAUUCUAGUCUUAAUCCUGGCGGUUCUUUCAACAGUUCAAUCCCUUGUUGAUUUCCUUCCUGGAUAUUCAAAAAAACUUCCUUUUAAGCUUGAGACUGGGUAUGUGGGAGUAGGAUUAGAGGAUGAUUUGCAAUUGUUCUAUUACUUCAUUGAAUCCGAGGGUAAUCCGAAAACGGACCCUCUUCUAUUAUGGCUCGCCGGCGGUCCUGGAUGUUCUGGAUUAUCGUCUCUCUUAUAUGAAAUCGGUCCAUUGGCGUUUGAUUAUACAACCUAUAAUGAGGAUUUACCGUCGUUAUUGUUGAAUCAAUACUCAUGGACUAAGGUUGCUAAUAUUAUAUUCAUAGAUGCUCCUGUGGGCACUGGUUUCUCCUAUUCAAUAAGUGGGCAGGGCUAUUCUAACAUCAAUGAUGCAAUAUCAGCAUCUCAAACAUGUGAUUUCCUAAAGAAGUGGCUAACCGAACAUCCAAAGUUUCUAAGAAAUUCGGUGUAUAUAGGCGGGGAUGACUACUCCGGUAUGGUUGUUCCGCUCUUGCUUCAAGAAAUUUUGAAUGGUAAUGAAGUUAAACAAGAGCCUAGAAUCAAUCUUAAGGGUUAUUUACUUGGGAAUCCAACAACAGAUGAAUUUGAAGAUGCAAAUUCAGUGAUUCCUUUUUCUCAUCGUAUGUCACUCAUAUCUGAUGAGAUUUACGAGUCUGUUAAAGAAAGUUGCAAUGGGGAUUAUGUUCAUGUGGACUCUGGCAAUACCAAAUGCAAGCUGGACCUUCAAAUCGUCACCAAGUGCAUUAAGAAAAUAUUGGGAGCACAUAUAUUGGAACCAAAUUGUAACGCAUUUUCCUCAAUAAGAGGAAAUUCAUUGCUGAGGCCAUCAGAUUUUAUUUUUUCAAGAAUCAGCACACCAUCCCCUGACAAAUUCUGUAGGGAAUAUAACCAUCUCAUGGCAGAUACUUGGGCUAAUGAUGAAGCUGUACAAAAUGCUCUUCACGUUAGGGAGGGGACAAAGAAAGAGUGGUCGAGGUGCAAUACAAGCUUAGAUUACACGUUUGAUUUACAAAGCACGUUGAAUUAUCAUCGAAAUCUCACUAAGAAGAAUUUACGUGUUUUAAUAUACAGCGGGGAUCAUGACAUGGUUACGCCUUAUUUGGGCACACGAACUUGGAUAAGAUCUCUUAACUUAACCAAUAUUAACGACUGGGAACCUUGGCUAGUAGAUGGCCAAGUUGCAGGCUAUAUGGAGGAGUAUGCAUCAAAACAUAGCAAAUUUCGCUUGACGUUUGCAACUUUGAAGGGAGGAGGUCACACCGCCCCGGAGUCGAUGCCUAAGGAAUGUCUUGCGAUGGUCGAUAGGUGGUUUGCUUAUUAUCCUCUUUAGUUCAAUAUUCAUUUUAUUAAGAAUCCUAAAUAGUGAGGGU